GUUUUCAUUUGCACAACUCAAGAAUUUCUUGCACCGUAUUUCUUUUCGUUUUCUUUCCGAUAUGAAGAAAAAAACUGUGAUGAUGAGAUGUUAGAAGUUCAGCUGCAAAAAAAAAACAAAUCUAAAUAAAUCUAAUCUCAUGACGAGUGCUUUAUAAAUGAUGCCAAUCGGGAUUCGUUCUCACGGAAAAGAACACAGUAUAAGGCUUAUUAAAAGAGAUGCAUGAGAGAGAGUCACAUUUUGUUUUUAUUCAUUGUCGUAUAGCCACAAUCAAUAUGAUACGAAUAAACUUUUCGAACUUAUUAAUAUUUAUGACUACUUUAAAUGGCUAAUAAUCGACUUCAGGUCGGCCACUUCAGCAUUUCUUAUCAAACGUGUCUAUACAUAUAUAUACAUAUGUAUCUUACAUACACAUACAAAGUAAACAACGGGUUACGCGGUCCUGUUAUAAGCUGAGCUUUGACCAGUCCGGAUAUUUGCUCCUUUCGCUUGACAUCAGGACUUUCACCAUAUGGACAUCAAUACAGUAGGCAUAGGCUCGAGUUCUCUAGAGAAACCAGCUAUGUACAAAAUAUUCUCUAAUGUGUCAAAGUACACGGUUUACAAUGGAUUGCGUAGAACACCAGCUCUUCUUCAGGGAACACCUAUAACAACGUUAAAUCUAAAUAAGCAACCGAUUCCCAAACAACCUGUUCCUGAUCUCAAACAAACUGCAGAACGUUACUUGAAAUCUUUGAAGCCAUUGUUGACUGACAAUGAAUAUAAGAAUACAGAAAGGAUUGUUGGUGAAUUUAUUAGUGACGCCGGCGCAGGACCUCGGUUACAUGCUAAAUUAUUGAAUAGAUAUGAAAACACAGAUAACUGGAUGAAAGACUGGUGGCUGCAAGUUGCAUACUUGGGAUACCGUAUGCCCGUAAUCGUGCAUUCUAGUCCUGGAAAUGUUGGACCACCGGUUACUUUCCAUCAACCAGAUGACGUGUAUGUGUUCGCAGCGCGCCUUAUCGCUGGAGUGUGCAAUUACAAUGAGAUGAUCAAGAGUGGAAAGAUGAAGCAAGAAAUGGUUCGCGAUGAUCCUCUUGAUAUGCUGCCUUAUGGCAUGAUACUCGGUACGCACAGGCAACCCAGUAAAGCGCUCGAUAAAUUGUUGCACACAGACGAAGCCAAACACAUAAUAAUCAUAAGUAAUAACAAUUUCUUUAAACUUUGUGUUGUCGAUAAAAAUGGCAUUUUAAAUGAAGGCAAGCUUGUGGCUGCUAUAAAAGAUAUCGCAGAUCGCUCGUGUACUGAGGGGAAGCCUAUAGGAAUUUUAACUGGGAAUGACAGAGACACAUGGGCGAAGGAUCAUAGUUUACUUUUAGAACUGGGUAACAAUAGGGAUAUAAUUAGAGAUAUAGAAAAUUCCUUGUUUAUAUUAUGUCUGGAUAAGGAUAUACCUAAGGAUGCUUAAGAAAAAAACAAUGCUUCAGUCAGAGCAGUCCAAACUAUGACAGGCUACAGUAGUCGUGUAAAUGCAGGAAAUAGGUGGCAUGACAAGACUGUGCAGUAUAUAGUAUCUGCCGAUGGUUAUAUUGGCAUGGAAUAUGAACACAGUCCAUGUGAGGGAGUUCCCGUUGCUGUCCUUCACGAUUAUGUAUUAAAAUAUAUAGCAUCGAGAGAGAAUAGUGCAAGAGACAAAAGUUCCGCAAAUUUUCCAAGACCAGAACUUUUAAAGUUUGAAACUAACGAUGCUAUAGAAUGUGCAAUCGAGAAAGCUACCGAUUCAGUAGAUAAACUCUCAAACGACAUAGACAUGGAAUGUUUCACGUUCGACAAAUUCGGCGCGGAUGCGAUAAAAGCGAUUAAGCUGAGUCCCGACAGUUUCAUCCAAAUCGCGAUGCAAGUAACGUUCUACAAUUUACAAAGAAAAGCGUCAGCUCAUUACGAAAGCGCGGCAUUGCGAAGAUUCAUAAAUGCCAGAACUGAGUGUAUUAGGUCUACCAGUACCGAAUCUGUAGAAUUUGCAAAGAUAAUGCUUCCUGAAGCCGAAUGCAAAAGUAAGCAGCAAAAAAAGGAAAUGAUGAUUAGAGCUAUAAACGCUCACAAAGAGUACGCUGCGCAGGCUGUGAUGGGUCAAGGUGUCGACCGGCAUCUGUUCGGUUUAAAAAUGAUAGCUCAAAGCGAAGGAAUGGAGCUUCCAGAAUUGUAUAAAGAUGUUGGUUAUACCAAAAGUACAUAUUUCAAUUUAACGUCGAGUCAGGUACCAUAUAAAUCAGCGUCUUUUAUGUGUUAUGGACCUGUUGUUCCUGAUGGUUAUGGUUGCUGUUAUAAUCCACGACCAAAAGAUAUUUUGUUUGCUUGUUCGUCAUUUAAAUCGUGUAAUGAGACUGACACUGAAAAAUUUGCUUGUGUUUUACAGCAGACACUGUGCGACAUGCGAGACAUAGGAAGCGAAUAAAGUUAUAGAACUUUAUAUUUUACUGCGACAAAAAUCUUGAAAUUAUACAUUACAUUUUUAUACAGUAUAGGAUGGUAAGCAGAAUAUCGUAUUUGUUACGUAUACAUUUUUUAUUGUGAAAUAUAAAUUGGAGAUCUGCAAAAUACGUUGCAGUACCAUAUUUCGCGACUUGGCUCAUCAUGUAUACAGUUGUAUUUUUUCAAUAAAUAUAUGAGUAACAUUAAUC